CCUAUUAUCACAAUAUUACCUUACAUCUUUUCCAAAGAAGAAUAUAUCAUAUUUUCCUUGUUCUAAUCUCUUCCUCUUUUCAACUAUCAUGAGUAGCUACCAGGCUCAAGGUGCGCCUUUUUUAUACGCACAGCAACAGCCACAGGGUGGUGCUCUUGUUGCUCCACCACCACCGGCUGGUUAUCCAACUAGAGAUGUACAAGGCGAUUCAUCUGCUCCAGUCACUACUCAAUCCAGAGGUGAUGGCUUCUGGAAGGGCUGUUGUGCUGCCUUAUGUUGCUGCUGUGUCUUGGAUGCUUGUUUCUAACAAGUGACGCCAGUUUCCCUCAGUGUGGAUUUACUUUUAUUCCUUGUAAUGUUAUGUUUUAUUAAACAACCUUAUUGCCUUGUUCAGAUUUUCUUGAUGUAAAGUUUAUUUGGGAUUUCAUUUUUACAUCCCUUUGAUGAUAUUCGUUAAACAUAUGUUUUGAGAUAUUGUUAUUAAUUAAUUAAUUAAUGUUUUUGGUUGUUUGGUGAUCAA